CCUUCAACCUUCUCAGCUUCCUGGUGAAGCUGGGCAAUCCGGGGUCUCCUGGUGGUCUCCCAUCCCAAGACCCUGAUUACCUUCUGUAUUCCAGUGGGGUGGGGGGCAGUAGAGUAAAAUAGAAUAGAAUAGAGCCGGAAGGGACUUUGGAGGUCUUCUAGUCCAGCCCCCUGCUCAAGCAGGAUGAUUAGAUUAGAUUAGAUUAGAUUAGAUUGAUUAGAUUAGAUUAGAUUAGAUUAGAUUAGAUUAGAUUAGAUUAGAUUAAACAGAGUUGGAAGGGACCUUGUAGGUCAUCUAGUCCAACCCCCCCGACCUCUUUUGACUAACUUUUCCUUCGGCAAGGAAGGUGCUUUGAGAGACCCGUCGGGGAUGGCAUCUCCUGCCGAAGACCCCCCGCCCAAGCCGGCCCCCGCCAAGCCCCUCACGGACCUGGACUUCCAUUCCGGGGUGCAGAUCGCGGAGCUCAACCAACUCAUCCAGGAGUACCAAGCCCGGACCCCCGAAGGCAGGGAAGACCCCGAAUUGUUCCAAGCCAAAGAUCUGGUUUUCUCGCUGCUGGGCCAGGUCCAACAAUCCGAUGGAAAAUUGCCCCCGGUCAACCGCUACCUUCUUCUCUCCGGUGGGACCCAGCAGGGCACAGUCCACGUGGAUGAUACCAACCUGUGGCCUCUUUCUCCCGGCGGCGACUACGAUACCAGUUUCACACUCCUGGUGCCAGUUCUGAACGUGGCCGGCGUGCCCGUCACGUUGGAUAUGACGCAGAGCCCCCCUGGACAUACCCGGAUCAGCCUCGAGCCUUUCGAUGCCCCCACCCUGCAACGCUGGUCCGAGUGCAGCUCCGGGGAUGAGACGUUCCUCUCUGCAGAGCUGGUGUCUGAGUGGUUUUUCCGGGCGUUUUCCGCAGUGGCCAAAGAUUUCCGCGUUGAACUUCGAGGACGCGUCACCUCCGUGAUCGUCUGCGUCGGAUCCUACCGUGUCCUCUAUGACAUCAUCCCUGUAGUGGCCUUUCGGGGGUGGCCCGAGGUGGUCCGGCCGUGGCUGAGCCAGGGACAUUUCUGGGACGGUAAAUUGAGGGACGAAGACGUGACCACCGGCUUCUAUCUCUUCCCGUCCACUUCUGGCUCAGAUUGGUACCUCGCCUUCUCGGCUAGCGAGCUGCACUUGAGGCGCAUCUUUCCUCUGCCACUGUUGUGGUCCCUGCGAGCCACCACGGCCGCCCUCCCCUGGGGUGACCUGCAAGGCCUGGGGCCGUAUCACCUCUUCACGCUGGCCUUGUGGUCCUGUGAACGGCUACCGAGCCGCUACCUGGCCGAGGAGGAGAAUGCAGCGCCCGCCCUCCUAGGUGUGCUGGACGAUCUGUCGGCCAGCCUGGCCGAAGGACACCUCCCCAAUUAUUUCCUGCCCGAGUGGAAUCUCCUGCAUGGCUUAUCCCCUCAGGCCACGAGGAUCCUGGCGCGGGCCGUAGCCCAGGUGAGGGCCAACCCCUCCAAGUAUCUUCGCCAGGCUGUGGAAGGGGCCAAGGAAGCUAAACGGCGGGCCAAGGCAUAUCGGCGCCAGCUGAUGACCCCUACAGAGCCCUAACCGUGGGGCUGCUUCAGCAGGGACCGGAUCCUGAACGAGCUCACCUUGUGUUCUUCGGGUAGAAGGGGGACCCAUUCAGGAGGGCUGGGUGGAUGCGUGCCAGGGCCACGGUGCCAGCCUUCAACACAGGACAGCCCCCCCAACUGGAUCACCUCUGAGAAUAUCUCAGAAGGCAACCUCCAGAUGGCUGGUGGCUGAUGGGCCGGUGGUCCUCGACCUACGACCACAAUUCGUAAGCCCUAAAAAUUCGAGACAAUUUUCGCGUAGGUUUUACCCUAUUUUACAAUAUUUCUUGCCAAAGUUGUAAAGUGAACCACUGCCCUGCUUAACUCAGUAAGACAGUCGUUAAGCGAAUCCGGCUUCCCCAUCGAUGUUGCUCGUCAGAAGGUCGCCAAAGGGGAUCACAUGACACCCUCCCCAGGACACCGCGACCGUCUAUAAGUACGAGUCAGUUGCCAAGUAUUUUGUAUACUUGGUAUUUUGUAUUUAUACAAAAUUGUAUAACUCUGUAUUUUGAUCAUGUGACCACGGGGAUACCACAAUGGUCGUAAGUGUGAAAAACGGUCCUAAGUCACAAUUAUCAGUGCCGUUGUCACUUCAAACGGUCACUAAACGAACGGUUGUAAGUCGAGGACUAAAUGUGAGAGCGCUAUAGUCUUAUUUCCAAUGCAAAUCUUUUUUUUAACGAGCGCUACCUAUCUAGUCACUAAAUAUUUUAAAUAUUUUCAAAACAGAAAAUUAUUUUUCUUUCUUAAAAGUAAAAUAAAUCUUAUCCAGCUUGGAAAAGAGCCUUUUGUGAAUUCUUGGGAUAAAUUAUAUUUUGAAUGAAUCUUUGUCAAAAUCCGGAAUAAAGAUUUAUUUGCC